AUGAAAGCAUGUAAUAAAGUCCCUGCAGAUGUGAAGAAAGAGUACGAAUUACUUUUAAAAGUAUUUAAAGAUGAUAAAAAGAAGAGAAGUAUUAUGUUGCGUGAGAUUGGGGUAGGAAUUGGUAGAGGAAGUAAUAGUUUUGAUUCUCCAUUAAGUGAAGAAUGUGGGAGUAACCUAAGUAGUACUACAGUUCAACCAAAAACUAUAGGACCACUUGAUAGAUUUGUGUCUUCGGAGCCUAGGCAAACUGUAUUGAAUGAGGCUUACAAAAAAGAAUUAAGGAAAGAAGUUUGUCGGAUGGUUGGGCGUUUUAUGUUUUCUAGAGUGCUUCCUUUCAAUACAGUUAAUGAUCCGUUUUGGUUAGCUAUGGUAGAGGGAAUUGCUAAGUAUGGUGUAGGGUUCAAGCCCCCUUCUAUGCAUGAAUUAAGGACUUGGAUCCUUAGGGAAGAAGUUGAAGACAUUGAUAAGUAUUUUUUAGUCCAUAAAAAAGCUUGGGAAACAUAUGGGUGUUCCAUUAUGUCGGAUGGUUGGACCGAUGGAAAGGGUAGGGUGCUAAUUAAUUUUCUUGUGAAUAGUCCUGUGGGCACUUUUUUUUUAAAGUCCAUUGAUGCUUCCGGUAGCAUAAAAAAUGGGUCUUUGAUGUUGAAGUACUUGGAUGAUGUGGUGAGAGAAGUAGGGGAAGAGAAUGUGGUUCAAAUAAUCACCGAUAAUGCAUCCAAUUAUAAGAAUGCCGGGAUUAGGCUUAUGCAAAGAAGAGAAAGAUUGUGGUGGACUCCAUGUGCAGCUCAUUGUAUUGAUCUUAUGCUUGAAGAUAUUAGCAAAAUAACGGUGUAUGAGAAAACAAUUAAAAGUGCUAAGCAAGUGGUCAAGUUUAUCUAUGGUCACACAUGGGUUCUUUCUCUCAUGAGGGAAUUCACAAGCAAUAAGGAGAUUAUUCGUCCGGCCAUCACUCGUUUUGCAACUUCCUUUCUCACCCUUCAAAGUAUCUAUAAGCAGAAGCAGCCUCUACAGAUGAUGUUUAACAGCAAGAAGUGGAUUGAGGGCCCUUUUGUCAAAAGCCAUGAAGCUAUACAGGUUCGUGCAAUUGUUCUUUUUCAGAAGAAUUUUUGGAGUGAUGUUGCAUUUUGUGUUAAGGGUGUGUUGCCAUUAGUGUGUGUAUUGAGGGAGGUUGAUUCUGAACUAAGACCUGCUAUGGGCUACAUAUAUGAAUUGAUGGAUGCUGCCAAAGAAAAAAUUGCAUUUAGUUUGAAGAGGAACCCAAGACAUUAUCAGCCAAUUUGGAAUAAAAUUGAUGCAAGGUGGACUCCCCAACUCCAUCAACCUUUACACGCUGCUGGAUACUAUCUGAACCCUCAGUUUCAUUAUGAAGAGAACUUCUCAAAUGUUUUGGAAGUGAAGAAGGGAUUGCAUGAAUGCAUGGAUCGGAUGAUGUCGUUUGAUGAGCGCUUAAAAGCUGAUAUCCAAUUAGAGAUGUUUGACAAAGGCAUGGGAGAGUUUGGAACUAGGCUUGCAGUACAUUCUAGAAAGAUAAGGAGUCCAGCAAGUUGGUGGGAGCGUUUUGGAGAGGAAACGCCUGAUUUGACAAAGUUUGCUAUUCGUGUCCUUAGCCUGACAUGUAGUGCAUCAGGAUGUGAGAGGAAUUGGAGCACAUUUGAGUCGAUUCACACAAAAAAAAGAAAUAGACUUGAGCAUAAAAGGCUAAAUGCAUUGGUUUAUGUGAAGUACAACUCUUUACUAAGAGAGCGAAACAUUAAAAGAAAUGCAAAGAUGCUUGAUCCUAUAUUAGUGGAAGAAAUUGAUUCCGAUGAUGAAUGGAUUUCGGAGGUGGAAGAUCCGGUUCUUCCGGGUGAUCUUUCUUGGCUUGAAGAGGAUCUAUUUGAGGUUGAUGCUAUAAGGAAUGUGCCAAUUGAAUGUUAUGAACAAGGUUUGUCAACUAGAGUGCCUAUUCAUGUAGAGCCACUAGAGGAGCCGAUCUUAGAUGAUGUGCCUAUCUUGGAUGAUGAUUUAGGAUUUGACGAGCAUGCUGCUUAUUCACCUUCUCCUAAAAGAAAAAAUGAUGAAAGCUCAAGUAAGGUAAGAUCCAAGAAGAAAAUGAGAAAACUUGCUGCAUUACUUAGGGAUGAAGAUCAUGAGAUAGAAGACCUUACUUUGCCUCCCCACACUGAUGCAGCAUUGGACAUUGAUGAUUGUGAUGAUAUUCAUGUGGGUGUGGAUGGAUAUGAUGAUUAUGAAUUGGAAGAAUGAAGUGCAGUUGUUAUUUUCGAAUAAAUUUAGUAUCAACUUAUGUAUUAUUGAAUUUAAUGUUAUGAGAGUGCUUAUUUAGAACCUUAUUUAAGUAUAUUCAUAUUAUUUAUAAAUGUAAUGUAUUAUUAUAAUAA